CUCCGCGAGACGGGCGUCACAUAGCUACAGAAGCGCGCGGCGCCACGCGCUUCGACAUGGCUUGAAAUACCGCAUUAAAGUGCUCCACUGUAGUCUUUUGCUGUUGAAAAGCCGGACUCUUAGGCUGAAUUUGAUCGACACUGAGUACCAGAGCCGAGAAGCGUCGGUUAGUGCGGGUCUCGCUCAUCUAGAGGCUUCGCUCUGUGGAGAAAAGUAACUGCGUCUCCGCUCAUCUCACUGUAGUCGAAGAUGGAGCCACCCGCCGGGACCGGACUGAAGCUCUUGCUGUGGAUUUUAAGCCACAUCAGCAUCUCUCAGGCAGCUUCUCCAUCAUCCCAAAAAUGUGAUGAAGCUCUGGUCACACCACUCCCCCAUAAUGCCUUCACCAGCUCCUCUGUGUUCACUAGUGGCUAUGCACCUGGAUAUGCCAAGCUAAACAAAAGAGGAGGUGCUGGGGGCUGGUCUCCACUGGACAGUGAUCAUUACCAGUGGCUGCAGGUCGACCUGGGAAGCAGAAAACAGGUCACAGCCAUCGCCACACAGGGUCGAUAUAGCAGCUCUGAUUGGACGACACGCUACCGGCUGCUCUACAGUGACACAGGCAGGAACUGGAAACCAUACCAUCAAGAUGGCAACAUCUGGGCAUUUGCGGGUAACUCCAAUACAGAGAGUGUGGUUCGGCAUGACCUGCAAAACCCGACUGUGGCCCAUUAUUUGCGCAUCAUUCCUUUAGACUGGAGUGAAGAGGGACGGAUCGGCCUGAGGUUCGAGAUCUACGGGUGCCCGUAUUCCAGUCAGAAGAUGAAGAUUUUGAAGGACGUGAUAGCCCUGAAGUUUAAAACAUCAGAGAGCGAAGGGGUGAUUCUGCACGGAGAGGGGCAACAGGGUGACUACAUUACCUUGGAGUUGAGGAGAGGCCGGCUACUGCUGCAGAUAAACCUCGAUACAGGCUUGCUGACUUUUGGAGGAAUGCCUUAUUCUGGGAAGCCAGUCUCAGGAGGAAGAAGAAACUUCAAAGGCUGCAUGGAAAGCAUCAACUACAAUGGAGAGAACAUCACUGACCUGGCCAGAAGAAAAAAACUGGACACUUCUAGUUUCCGCAACCUGACGUUCUCCUGCGUGGACACACACACCUUCCCCGUCUUCUUCAACAGCACCAGCUUUCUGCAGCUGCCGGGGAGGAGGGACCACAAUAUGGUGUCUGUGGGAUUCCAGUUCCGUACCUGGAACCCCAGCGGCCUGCUCCUGUUCAGCUCCUUGGCAGAUGGAAUGCUGGAAUUGGCUCUAAACGAUGGAAAAGUCACAGCACACAUUAACGUCACUCAGCAGAAAAACAUGCGCGUGGACAUUGCAUCAGGUUCUGGUCUGAAUGAUGGAGAAUGGCAUGAUGUUCGUUUCCUGGCCAAAGAGAAUUUUGCCAUGCUGACCAUUGAUGGGGAUGAAGCAUCAGCAGUGAGAACCACCUCGCCUGUCCAGAUCACAACAGGAAGCACGUACCACUUUGGAGGUUAUUUUUUAAGAACCAGAGCAUCUCCCAUCCAGCGCUCGUUCCAGGGCUGCAUGCAGCUCAUUCAGGUGGACGAUCAGCUGGCUGACCUCACCGCAGUGGAGCAGGGAAGGAUGGGAGCCUUCGAGAACGUCAGCUUGGACAUGUGUGCCAUCAUUGACAGAUGUAUGCCAAACCAAUGUGAACAUGGAGGCCGAUGCAGCCAGACCUGGGAUGGUUUCACAUGCACCUGUGAUGGGACGGGAUACACCGGAGCCACCUGUCACACAUCUGUCUAUGAGCAGUCCUGUGAAGCUUACAAGCAUUUGGGAAGAUCAUCUGAUUCCUACUGGAUUGACCCAGAUGGAAGCGGACCGUUAGGUCCUUUUAAAGUCAUCUGCAACAUGACAGAGGACAAGGUUUGGACGACUGUGGUGAAUAACCUGCCGGUGCAGACAGCAGUGACUGGCUCCAGCCGGGAGAGACGGACAGUACUGCAGCUGAACUACAGUGCCUCUAUGGAGCAGGUCACAGCUAUAACCAACAGCGCUGAACACUGCGAGCAGCACGUAGCCUACACCUGCCGAAUGUCACGCCUACUCAACACACCAGAUGGGACGCCUUACACAUGGUGGGUCGGCCGUGGUAACGAGAAGCACUUUUACUGGGGCGGCUCUGUGCCGGGCAUUCAGAAAUGUGCAUGUGGCAUUGAGCGCAACUGCACCGACUCCAAAUACUACUGCAACUGUGACGCCGACCAGAAGCAGUGGAGGGAAGAUUCUGGGCUUCUGGUUUAUAAAGACCACUUACCGGUCAGCCAAGUGGCUGUCGGGGACACAAAUCGACCCAGCUCAGAGGCCAAGCUGACCGUGGGACCUCUCCGUUGCUAUGGAGACCGAAGCUACUGGAAUGCAGCGUCAUUCAACACGCCAUCCUCGUACCUGCACUUCUCCACUUUCCAAGGAGAAACGAGUGCUGAUAUCUCAUUUUACUUCAAGACCUCUGCUCCCUAUGGCGUGUUCCUGGAAAACCUUGGAAACACGGAUUUCAUCCGUCUGGAGUUGAAAUCCCCCACGGUGGUGUCGUUUUCGUUCGAUGUAGGAAAUGGGCCGGUGGAACUGAACGUGCACUCUCCUACCCCGCUGAACGAUGACCAGUGGCACCGGGUCAGUGCGGAGAGAAACACGAAAGAGGCCAUUCUGCAACUAGACCAAAAAUACAAGGAGGUCAGACCUGCGCCUACACAGGGACACACACGCCUGGAGCUCUACAGCCAGCUUUAUGUGGGGAAGCCAGCUUCAUGGGCCUGUCAGGAUAGUGCAGCAGGAGGUCAGAGAGGGUUUCUCGGAUGCAUCCGCUCUCUGAAGAUGAACGGUGUGACCCUUGACUUAGAAGAGAGGGCAAAAGUCACUCCUGGUGUAAAACCUGGCUGUUCGGGUCACUGCACCAGUUUUGGGAUGUAUUGCCGUAACGGUGGCAAGUGUGUGGAGAAAUACAAUGGCUAUUCUUGUGACUGCUCCACCACUGCUUACGAUGGGCCUUUCUGUUCAAAAGAUGUUGGUGGUUUCUUUGAGGCAGGAACACUGGUCAAGUAUAAUCUGGUACCUGAGGUGGUGGCUGCAGCUUCCAGCCUGGAUGAGAAGAGCGUUAUCCACAACCUUCCUGUCGAGACCAACCUGACAUGUGAAGACCUGACCUUCAGCUUCAGCACCUCCACUUCUCCCAGCCUUCUAGUCUAUGUCAGCUCAAAAACCCAGGAUUACAUGGCCGUGGUGCUCCGUCACAAUGGUACGCUGCAGCUGCGGUACAACUUGGGUGGUCUCAGAGAACCCUUCAGUAUUGAUAUUGACCAGAGGAACUUGGCCAACGGGCAGCCCCACACCGUCAACAUCUCGCGGGUGGAGAGAGACUUAGAAGUGCAGCUGGAUCAUUAUCCUCCCGUCAGCUACAGCCUGCCAGAAGCCUCAGACACACAGUUCACCCUGGUCAAGUCACUCUUCCUGGGUAAAGUCUUUGAAACCGGGUACAUUGAUCCAGUGAUUAUUGAAAAAUACAACACCCCCGGGUUUGUGGGUUGCCUGUCCAGAGUGCAGUUCAACAGCAUUGCUCCUCUGAAAGCCGCUCUCAGGUCCCGUGGUUCUGUUCCUGUUUCUCACCAGGGUAAACUGGUGGAAUCCAACUGCGGAGCUUCACCCCUCACGAUCCCACCCAUGUCUGCUGCAACCGACCCGUGGCACCUAGAUGCAGGUGCUGAUUUCCCCUUCAAUGAAGAAAGAGUGAUACCAGAUGGAGUAAAUAGGAAUUCAGCUAUAAUAGGAGGUAUCAUUGCAGUGGUGAUCUUCACUAUUCUGUGCACGCUGGUGUUUCUGAUCCGGUACAUGUUCCGCCAUAAAGGCACCUACCACACCAACGAGGCCAAGGGGGGAGAGUCAUCAGAGUCAGCCGACGCGGCCAUUAUCGGCACCGAGGCCAAUUUCACAGAGACCAUCGAUGAAAGCAAGAAAGAAUGGUUCAUCUAAUGGGGGUGUACAGACUCUUUCAGAAUCUUUUUUUGAGUAUCAGAACUAAUGUUUUGGGAUCAAGCUCAUCACCAGUUUGAGAAACUGUCCUGUACAUAGUGACUGGCUUGUCUCUUUCUAUUGUGUUUUGGCAGAAGUCUUUUAGGUGUGUAAUCUCUGGAUCACAUUAAUAAAUCAUUUCACCAUGUGUUCUUUUUUUUAACAGAAACAUAAUUAUUUGCCAAAAUCCUCUUUUAUGGAAAAUGUUUAUGUACGUUUAAUCAUUUUCUUCACGUGCUUAAUCUUACAAAAAGUGGAAAAUGUUUUAGACAGACUGUAAAUGUUAAAUGCUCUAUAUGAAUAUGUUUAUUUAAUUCAUUGCACAAACGACAGAGUUUUAGAUGACAUCAGAUUGUAUAUCAUCAGCGAGGGGAAGAAAAACAAGGCAUGCACCAAGAAUUAUGUCAAAUCGACGCUGUCUGUUUGUAGCUUUCUGCACAGCUAUGCUCAUUUAUUUCUUGUGGAAGCCUUCAGUUUAUUGUUCCUUGCCAAACACCACUCAGUCUUAAGCAUUUGUUUUGCUGAAGGCAUGUAUCAUGGCAUAAAGAUGUUAUUUUGAGAGAUCAUUUUGUCUGUGAUUCAUUUAUGCAGGCUGUGGUAAAGCAUUGGCAUAGUGGCAUCUAUUUGGCAGAUGAAAACCCAAACAUGUAUCAUCAGCGUUUGUCAUUGCAGAUGAAGAAGGUGGGACCACUGACACCCAAUUUAAUGACUUCAUUCAAGGUGCCUUUAGGAUUCAGCCAGCCGUCUGUGGAGAAUUACUUUGGUUAAAUAGAUAAAAGGAGAAUCCCAACUAAUCAAAUGGCUGUUUGUAUUUAUUUGAUAUAUUUGACUGAGAAGAAAGCAGACCCAAUGUUUAUGAGUUUAGAAGUGUUUGGAACAGCACUGUCAUAUAAUUUUUUUGCACUGUGUAUUUUGUCAAAU